AUCGACUAGACAGUAUGGCAUUUUCGGUGUUGGCACCGAUUCAAAUAUGUUAAUGUUUACCAUCAAUGAGCUAAUAAAAAUACAUCGAUAAACUAAUCGCAAAGAUUCGUUCAGACUCAGAUUACAUCAGUUUACUAACAGAUUUUGCCAGAGAAGCAUGGCCAACCGCAAAAGGAGAAGUGCUUUGAGAAAAUCGUCCAAGACGACAGAUUGCAUAAGAUUCAAGAAUUGCCCCCGCAACUAUCCGAUAUCAACGACAAAUUAUUCCUUCGUUUUGCCAAUUCACGAUAAGAAUAAGUAUUACAAGCAGUGUAAUCGGCAACUGAACCGCGAAUGGGUGCGUAUAAGAAAAAGUGAACUCAAAAAACUAGAAGCCGUUAAGCCACUGCCAUCGUACUUGAUACUUGAGAGUGCCUACUCGGACAGGGUUCAAGUGGUGGCAUAUUGUUCGCUAUCUAAGAUUCCCUCGUGCGCCCGGAGGUGUCUUCUGGAAGUAAUUGUUCGAGAUGAUCACUGUUACUAUCUAAACAUGGAAACCAUUUUCGUUGUUACCCGAGAUAUACAAGUAUUGGGAUUGAAAUUUUUGCACAGUUUCUAUCAGUCCGGUAUUGAGAUCAAGGGAAAUGAAAUGAGCCUUGAGGAAUAUGAGUACUAUUAUUAUUAUCAGCGAGAAAAUCUUCCUGAGAUAGUGAAAAAGUUUAUAAGAACACAAAACCCUCAUGAAUGGAUUGCAAAAGAGCAGGAUAAGCUGACUGAAGAUCUGUGCGUUCAACGCCAAAGCUAUUACUACUAUUACUAUUACAAUCAAGACGAAGACGAUGAAACUUACUACCAGCAACGCAGUAAACCGCCCCGGAGUAUUUAUGAUGGUCCUCCACCUCCGACUUCCAACGAACCUUAUGUGGUUACCCCAAUCCAUCAUCAUCCAGAACUGAAGGAGCAAUGCGUUCGGUUAAUCAAUAACGAAUGGCCCCGAUCUCGAAUGGCUCGGUUCUGGAGCUUCGAAUCAUCGACUGAUACUCUUCCAAUAACGUUGAUACUCGUGCAGCUGAUUAAUGGAGAGAACAUUGUUCUUGGACAUGCCAAAUUGUCGCCAGUUCCCGCCGAUUUAGAUGCUGCCUAUUUAGAGUCAGUCGUUAUAGAUUUACGUUACCGUGGUCGAGGCAUUGGGACACACUUGGUAACGGAGGCCGAGCUGUUUUGCAGGAAAACCCUCAACAUAAACAAUGUUUACUUGGCAACUGAUGGUCAGGAAGUUUUUUAUGCCAAGUUGGGAUAUAUAUUCUGCAAGGCGAUCAAUCUGUUCGGAAUGAAUACCACCAGAAAUACUUCCAGCAAAAAACAUUGGAUGAAAAAGGUUCUGUCAGAUUGGGACGUAGAAGGAGCGGACGAAACUUACCUUAAUAUUGCAGGAAUUCAACCUCAAAGUGUUGAAAUAAAGAAUGAUGCUACCGAUAGCGGCACAAAGACGACACUACCCACACUUGAUAUCAACCACAUGAUUCGCAAAAUUCGAAAUAUUGUUUACAAUUAUAAGAAAGAGGAUACCAUUUGUGAUUUGUUAUUGAAUAUGCAUUCUAUUUGAUGUAGAAUAAUUGUACUUGUUUGUUCUUAAAAUAAAAGGCCGGGGAGGCCGUGCAGUACAUAACUGUUGUCUUCA